AUGUUUUAUAAAGUAAAAAAUUCUGAAGUUGAAGGAUAACAUUAAUUAGCAGAGAUUGUCCCAGUAAUAAUAAGUAAAUUUCGAUUGCUCAUAGCUGUAAAACAAUGCUUACCUAUUAGAUUCUUUUGUCCUUAUUGUCAUGCUUCGCAUUUGCUUUAAUUUUAUAAUGGAAUCAACGACUUUACCAAUAUUUUCUAUUCAUCAAAACAACCGAAUACGAUUGUACACAUUACCUUGUAUCAAAUUCAACUAAUGAAAAAAUGGUUUGUAAGAAAAUUCGUAUAAACAACAAUUCCUAUUUUACAUAUAGGUAAAGGUUAUUUAAUUUUUAAACAGAUUUCUUAAAUAUAAGUUGAAGGACAAUUUCUUCUAACCAGUGAAUUACAUUGAGUCAAGUGUGUCUCUUGAUGAGAAGUCCAAAAAUUUAGAUGUAUUGUUGAAUACACAAGCAUCUAGAGAGAUCAGACAGAUCAUUUAUGGGAACAGUUAACUGCAAAUACCCAUAAAAUCGAUAUUCACUUAUCUAUUUUAGGAAUUAACUAGUCCAUUCUACAUCUUAUAAUACUUUUCAGUAUUGUUGUGGAUAGCAGAAGGUAUAAUUAUCGAUCUACUUAGGAUUUAUCAUAUUUGCAAUUGUCCUGCUAUCCUUUUCUUUUUUGGCUUGCAUAAUCAACUAUUACCUUAUGAGAAGGUCGAGAAUCUAGUUGUAAUAAUUGGCAACAAUCCAAUAGUCAGUGACUUUGAAGGACAAUUCAAUAAUACAGGGGAGUGAUUUAGUGGUAGGAGAUUUAUUCUAUGUCCAUGACAACCAAUAGCUAAAUUGUGAUUCCAUAUUAAUCUCUGGAGAUGUGAUGGUAAAUGAGGCAACUCUAACUGGCGAAUCCAUUCCUGUUCCAAAAUAAUCAAUUAAGGAAUUAACAAAUGAGAUUUCAUAGAAUACUCUAUUUGAAGGUACCAAAGUCAUUUAAGUGUCUCAAUAUCAAUAGAAUAUUGCUUUGGUAAUAAGGACAGGCUAUAGUUCAGUGAGAGGGUAGUACUUUAGGAAUGUAAUAUUUCCACCUCCUCCUUCCAGAUAAUUCUACCUCUAAGCCUGUAAAUUUUUGUUGAUUCUUGGUCUCAUUAUUCUAACCAUCUUCACAUUGCUCUAUCUUACACAAUAUCAAUAUAUGAAUUAUUCAUCGAAAUUGAUAAUAAUUAGGUAAAAUAACCCUUUUCUAUUUAAGAUAUUUAGAUGUAGUUACUUGGAUUGUCCCACCGGCAUUGCCAAUUUUCUUCUCUUUAGCACAAGCAAUAUCUUUAUUAAGGUUGAAAUCAGAGGAUAUUAUGGGAUCUAAUCCUAUAAAGGCUGAAGAAGCAGGUAAGAUUGACACAAUUUGUUUUGACAAAACUGGCACUCUGUCUACUUUGGGGUUGCAAGCACAUGAUUAUUAUCCACAAAAUGAUGAAAACUUAGACAUUAUGGCUUGUUGUCAUCAUUUAGCAAUUGUGAAAAACGAACUAGUAGGAGAUCCAUUGGAAUUAGAAAUGUUUAAGAAGACAAAUUGGAACAUUAGUUUUGAUGAUCAAAAGUAUUUUCAGGUGACAAAUUCCCUAAAAACAUUUAAAAUUAUACGUAUUUUUGAGUUCAGUUCUCAUCUUUAAAUGAUGAGUGUUGUGGCUCAUAAUAUAAAUGACAACACCUACACUUUAUUUAUUAAAGGAUCACCUGAAAAAUUGAUUUAAAUGUCAGUUAAUUAAUUGAAUAAUACCAUCCAGGAACAAUUGUAGAUUAAGACUUUUAAUGGACUUAGAGUCAUUGGAUUAGGUUAUAAGGGAUUGCUUCCUGAUUAGAUUAAUUUGGAUAGAAAUGUUCUAGAGAGUUAAAUCAAUUUUUCAGGAAUCUUUACCUUAGAGAACAGUUUGAAGAAAGAUACAAGUCAUGUGAUAGAAGAAUUGCUGGAUUCUAAUUUAGAUAUCAGAGUCAUAUCUGGAGACAAUGCUUUAACUACAACUCAUUGUGCAUUUGAAUCUAAAAUAAUAGAGAAUAAAGCCAAUACUCUAAUUAUAGAUUAUGAUCAAUCGACUGAUUCCUUAUUGAUUCAAGAUUUAAGAUAGUAAAUCCCCUCCUCUAGUCGAUCCUCAUGCGAUGGCAAACCAGGAUCGCAGUAUAAUUUCAUCUUGACAUAAUUAGAUACAAUUUAUAAUAAUGAUUGCAAUUAUGCCAUCACAGGUAAUUUGUGGAGUGUUCUGAUGCAAAACAAAGUGAAUGAGGUCUCAAUCAAUUAAUCAAGUGACAUAUAAUAGUAUAACCAAUUAAAGUAGAUUGACGAGAUUGAUCAAAAGUCUAUUGAGUGUUUGAAUAAGGUGAUCAGAAAAACUAAGAUAUUUUCUAGAAUGAAACCACAUCAAAAGAAAGAGAUCGUUUAAUAUUUAUAGACUCAACUGAAUAAGUAUGUUAUGAUGGUGGGAGAUGGAGCAAACGAUUGUGUAAAUAUAAUCAUUUCAUUAUUAGUCAGCCAUAGCAGAGUCACUUGUGGGUGUGUCCUUCAGUUCCUCUGAUGCCUCAUAUACAUCUCCUUUCAGCAAUAGGUCUGACUCCAUUAAGUGUGUCAUCUCUAUUCUACUCUAAGGAAGAGCAACCAAGAGGAUCAUCAUUGAACUAUUCCAAUACUUAGUACUCAUCAGUGUCUUAAAAUUUGCUGGAACUGCUCUCCUGUAAUUUCAAGGUAUGAAUUUUGGGGAUUUCCAAUAUAUCUUCAUGAAUUACAUGUCAAGCGUUCCUGUCCUAAUUCUAAUGACCCUGUCAUCUAAAUCUGAUAAAUUGACUCCAUCAAAACCUAAUGAUGAUGUAUUUGCCAUUCCAAACCAAUUACAAUUUUACAACAUCUUCAUCUUUACAUCCUUAGGGUGUAUCAUUUUAUCCGCAAUUGUGAUGCAACACUCUGAACAACCAUCUAUACCUUCUCCUAUUGAAACUUACAUUAGAGAAGGCCCACUGAAUUCAGUAAUGAUGCUAGCCAAUCAGUACUACAAUAUGCUCAUUUGCAUUAUUUUAUAUCAAUCUCAUCCUUUUAAAAGUAAUAUGUCAUAUCUAAUAUAAGAUAAAUUCUAUUAAAAUUAUCCUUUGACCAUUUGGAUACUUGGAUGUUUAAUUAUAGCAGUUGUCACCAACUUUAGUAAUUCCUCUAGAGGAUGGCUUUCUAUUGUUAAUAUCAAUGAUGAAAUGUAACACCUUUAUUACUAUUCAAGUUUCGAUCACAGCGAUCUUAUUGCAUUUUCUGUCAUUAUUUGUACAAGCAUUUUAUGUUAAAUAUGUUAAAUCACAAUGUAAAAAGUAUUUCCAACUAUUAAACCUAUUCAAAAAUGA